AUGGAUUUUAUUCAUGCUGUGACCAGAAAUGAUGUGGAAAGAGUACGCCAUAUGCUUCAAUCCAAUAUGGUGGACGUAAACAGUUCAUUUCUAUGGAAUUCAAAAGACACGACCACGCCAGUCAUACCCUCUGAAUGGAUGGAUCAAGUCGACAUACUGCAGACAGAUCAGAAAUAUCAAUGUAAACCCUUGAAUAUCGCCGUAUUAGGUGGUCACGCCAAUAUGGUUCGAUUACUUUUGAGUGCAGGUGCCGAUAUCAAUAAUAAAGAUAGCAGAGGAAGAACUGCACUUGUUUGUGCUAUUUAUGGCUUAGAUAUAGAUGCAGCGAAUAUCAAUACCUCCAAUCUUCAUCUCAUCUCCCAAACCCAUACUGCUCAUUUUGAUAUCAUGAAAAACAUUUUACUUUGUCAUCCAAACUUGUAUUAUGCCACCUUGGAUGGUCCUCAGUAUGAAAUCAAAGGUAUUACACCUUUGUGUCUCGCUAGUUACCUCGGAAAAGCCGACCUUUUACAGCUAUUGUUAGAAGAUGGUAGAGUGAACGUAGACGGCACAGACAGUAAAAAUGCAACCGCUCUCAUGUAUGCUGCACGAGAUGGCAAUGUCCCUAUUGUAAAGAUAUUACUGAGUUAUCACGCUUCUCCUGAUAUCACUGACAGUCAUGGAUGGUCCGCUAUUCAAUUUGCCGAAAAGAGCCCUGAAAUAGUAUUAUUGUGUGAAGAAGUAUUAAGAAGCAAACGCGCAGAACUUUCUGUGGAUGUAAGUACGAGUAGCAGCAGUAGCAGUAGUAGCAGUAGUAGUAGUCGCAGCAGCAACAGCAACAGCAGCAGCAGCAGCAGUAGCAGUAGCAGUAACCAUAAUAGGAGUAACAGUAGUGAAAAUAACAAACAAUUUGCCAACCCCAGAGUCGCCUAUCCAGUCAAUUAUUCUAAAUUAUCAAACCUCCUAAAUACAAUGCCCAACUAUCCUUCAUCAUUAAGCCAUUUACAGUUCAAUGUGCUAAAAGACAUCAACCCACUGGACCCUUCUGCUCAACCCCUCAUUCAAAUCAUCCAAUCCGCCUUCUUGCAAGCUAUCAAAUCGCAUGAUCAUCUUUCACUGCAAGCUUUACUGAUGAAACCCCCUAACUUGACCAGGAAUAAUGAAAUCGGUGAAAGUCUAUAUAAGGACAUCAUUACCAGAAAUAUAACCAACACGACCACAUUGUGCCCUUUCUUUAUUAAUUAUCAUGACCCUAAAACUGGUUUGACCGCAUUGCACCAUGCCAUGAGAACAAAACCUCUACCCUCCUUAAAGACCAUCACCAUGCUAUUUCAAGCAGGAGCGGAUAUGAACGCUCAAACCUUCUAUGGCCGUACCGCUCUUCAUCAUUUGGCUCGAUUCGGCUUGAAUAGUGAUGGUGUUUCCUGGGGCAUUCAGAAAAGUAGUCAUACCGCUACCCAUAAGGAGCCCGCUUCUCAAGCACUUGCCGUCACUUCCGCUACGACGACGACAACAACAACAACAACAACAACAACAACAACAGUCGUGGCUCCCUCUAGCACAGCAGACAUGGCAGAAAAAAACGCUCGCAUCGCGAAACAUUUAGCCCUGUGCGCUUCGCUUUUGAUUCGAUUGGGUGCUCUUGUCAACGUAGCCGAUCCGACCGGCAACACGCCACUGCAUUUCGCUGCCGAAUUUGGUGCUGUACCUGAGGUUUUGGAAGUGCUGGUGUUAGAAGGCUGUGCUGAUCUCACCUUGAAAAACAAAAAGGGCUUGACUCCAUUGGAGGUCGCCAAAACCGAAGAAAUGAAAACUAAACUGAACCAAUUGGAAACAGAACGUAAAAACAUGAUCCACUUGCAACACAACCACCAUCAUAAGCAGGGUAGACCGAACAAGCUGCCAAAAGAGACCCCAUUGAACAGAACACGCUCUCUGGUGUCUUCCGUGAGCGGAACCAUUCGUCCUUUUGAUUCUGCCUCUCAUUCUCACUAUCCCCGUCUUUCUUCGACCACUUUCAUGUCACGGCGCUCUACAAGUAUCGCUUCCUUUUUGUUUCGUACAGACACCAACACAAAUGCAAAGCAGCACCAGCACCAGCACCAGCACCAGCACCAGCAGCAAGCGAUAGAGGCUCAAAAACAACUUUUAAUGGCUACCGUUCAACGCAAAAAGGACGAUCCAACCGCUUCCGAAUAUUCCGAUUUUGAAAUCAUCUUGAAGGCCUUUUUUGCUUAUCAAACAAGCUUUACUACAUCCAUUGAAUCUUCUUUAGCUUACAUUACAGACUCUAUUUUGAACGGUACAUGGCAGCAGCAGCAGCAGCAGCAGCAGCAGCAACAACACGUAGUUCAAUCAUUGCAAGUAGGAGGUCUCACCCAAGGACAACGGCCAACACUUCAACACCUGGAAAAGACGAUUGCUCAACUUCGAUAUGAAUUACGUGAAGCGCACGAAAUGUUUGAUACCACCGAUGAAUUGGUGGAAAGAGUCAUGUUGGCCUUCCGCGAAGAGCUGGAACAGGUGGAACAAGUCCAUCAAGCCGACUGGGAAUUGUCAGAGUUGCAGCACGAUAAGGUCGAAAAGCUGUUUGAUGUAUUUGAGAGAAUUGAUCAUCGUUUUCUUCAAUUGGAAAUGGCACAAGAGGAUCUCAUUCUUCAAGUGGAAAAACUGAGAAAAGCUGCAGCUAGAAAACAGCGUCAGCCAUCUCCCCAGCACCCACAAGAUCAAGGUCCACAGGCAACGGUGUCCACCACCACCACCACCACCACCACCACCACCACAGUGGAUGAGGUCGGCUCUUGUGUCGUUCACUUGUACCAAUCCUUACUCAUCCUUCAAGCCAUACCUGUCGAUCGCCCUCCUCACUUGUAUGAUGAUAGAAGUCGACUCUAUCGGGACAUGUCUGCCGUAGUAGAGCAAACAUUCGCAGAGAUUGACCGUUACGCCGACACAAAAGGAAACAAGAAGCAUCCUGCAAGAUUGGAGGAGGCAAAAGCUAUACUGGAAAAGCAAUGGGUCCUUGUGGAAGCACUUUUGACAAAAGAAUACAACCCUUCAACACCAGGGCAAAAUGACCUAAAAGCUGCUGAUGCUGAUGCUGCAGUAGAAAUAGCUUCAGACUCUAUGAAAAGCUCAUCCACUUUAAAGCAAAAAUUCAAGGCAAUGGCUGACUUGUAUGCCUGUCUACCUCAGCGCCGUUAUCCGUAUCAACGAGGCGCGGAAGGAAACAAAAGAGAGAGCCGUUGUCAACAGCAGUCAUUACCUCCUUCUUUGAAUCAAUUAGAACUGUCAUUUGAUAUCCUGCAGUCUAACCUCAGUGAAAUCCAAAAAGAUAUUGACGAUGUGAAUGAGCAUUUGCAUAAACUAACCGAAAGUAAAAAGAAAAUGUAUGAACUCUGUCUACAACUCGAAAAAGAGUUGAACCAGCAGCAGCAACAACAACAACAACAACAACAACAAGAGCAGCAGACCCAUGCUGAUGCCAAGAACUCAAAGAGAAAUGCAGAGGAAAUCAAAUUAGAUCUGCAACACGUCCUGAACUUUACUCAACGUCUUUUCGAUAAGCAGCACACGUUAACAAAAGAGCGUGAUCAGUUAAUCAAAGAACAAAAUGAAACCAAGAAGCGUAUCGAAAAAGCCAAAGCAGAUCUAUGCCAUGUCAGACCCCAUGCUUUAUUACAAGGUCUGUUGGAUCGAUUAGAUACCGACGAGGAAACCCCUACCAUACGGAUUGAGAAGGAUUGGAAGGAGGACACUCACUUGGUGACAGAGAUCAUCAUGGAAGACGAUCAAGACGACACCCUCUCGUCCUCCUCUUCUUCCGCUGCUUCAUCCACAUCCACCACCACAGGCCCUUGUCAGCCGUCAGAAAAGCAAGCGCAGGAGAAUGCAUUCACCUCACUUCAACUCCAGCAGCUGAACACGCAAUGCUCCUCUCCUUUGAAUACCCUCUGCUACAUCGCAAGAUUGGAUGCCAGUCUUUAUUGUCUCAAGGUGCUGGCCGCUCAUAUGACCAAUAAAUCGCGACAACACUUAUUGCAAGUACAAGCGUCGUUGGGUCAAGCGAGCACCGAUCUAGACGAAAGGCGUAACCAAAUGACACAACUCUAUGACAAUGCGGCUGAAGUGGCACGACAAGUAUUUGCUUUAAAGACAGAAUUAGAAACCAUCGUACGUCAUCGCAAAGAAGAGGUGGUUAAGGUGUGGGAAGUCGUCAAUGAAGUGUCAGAAGGUUUGGAAGUGAGAAUCCAACAACAGCAGCAGCAACAACAACAACAACAACAACAGCUCGAUGUAUCGAAAGAAUUGCCGCCUUUGCCUUCUUCCCAGCCAUUUCAACAACCGAAGCGAGGUGAUUCUCUACGAAGUCUAGCAGAACACGGUGAUUCUAUCAUGAGCAGUCAUAGUAGUAGUAGUAGAAGCAGCGGUUGCUCUCCGCCUAAAGAUCUUAGCUCGGAGGAAAAUCAAGAUCAUUACCAAUGGAUCAUCCGAGAGCUUGAGCAACUUUAUCACGUCUAUGAGAGUUUACAAGAAGCAAUUGACGAUUUGAAACAAGAGCAAACGACGGUGGGUGAAAGCUUGCGAGAAUUGGCCACUUCGUUUAUCGAACCACAAGUGGAUAAGCUGGUGGGGCCAUCAGAUACUUCCUUAUUGUCCAUAAGUGAUCAGCUGGCUGAACUUAUGGAUCGUAUUAGAGAAAAUGAGCUUGGCUUACGACCGGUUUCAUGUUGGUCUGCGUUGUCGUCGUCAUCCUCUUCAAACUUUGAUGACGAUACUAAUAUAAAUAAAGCCGGUGAUGCAACAAACCAAGCACCAGCAGUAGCAUCAGAUGAAAAGAAAUAUGCAUUCAAGGACUCUGUAACAUCAACAAAAACAGAUCUUGGAUAUGCCUUUACUCCAAAAGCCAAUACCACCGCAUCGCACGUGUCCACUGCGACGGCCACGCAGCACCGACUUUCUGAAGCUACAUUACAAAGUGGCAGUAAUUUAUCUGCUUCCUAUGUUCGCCGCUCAGCUUCUAGUAUCUUUGUAGAAAAUAACAAACGACUGUCGUCAGCAAUGACCCUUCGUACAGCCGAUAACAGAAAACGUAUGUCAGUCAUCUCUACCACCAGUUUAUCGUCGUUAUCUUCUUAUCAACAAGAGCGAAUGAUAGCAAGAGUAUCUAAUCUUAGCAGUGCCUUAUCAAAGGUUCGACAGCAACAAAAUACGAGCAGUAACAAAAACGCCUCUUCUUGA